AUGCCGAUGCUGCCGCGAAACGUGCUCGAGUUAUGGAGUAGCUUCAACGAGAAACUAACUCCAACGGAUAUGAAAAAGAUGACCUCCUUGUUGGUAGACUUCACGCACCGCAGAAUCAACAAGACCCAAGCCAUCAAAUCUGCUCUGCUUCUGCUCGAGAGAGACGAGUUUCUCUAUCCACGCUUCGCAGACUUUCUCCGCGGGAUCGAGCCUCGAGAAGAUGAUGAAGACAGACACACCCGAGACGGCGAUGAAGCUUCCAGUCUCGAAGAAGGCGAGAUUCGAAAAGACCAUCUUCGUGAUGGAGAGGGAGAGACCGAUGAAGUUUCCGGUCUCGAAGAAGGCGAGAUUCGACGAGACCAUCAUCUUCGUGAUCAAGAGAUUGAAGACGACGUGAAGAAUCUUGGGAUUGUGGUUGAUGUAGAUGAGAAGCUGAAAGAAGAUUCCUUUACCAAGUUAGAAAAUAUCGAUUUGGAGAGAAAGAAGAGGAAGCAAAGAGGAAUCUUGCACAAAGAAUCGCAACAGAUUGAGUCAUCUCCGAAGAAAACAAGAACAUCGACCAAGGGUUUAGAACGAUUAAACCCUAGCUAUAGGUGUAUCCCCAAGGAGGAGCAGUCUCCGGUCUCAGACGACACGGUACUCAACAACAAGUACAAAUCAGUGAGUCAGAAGAAAGAUGAUAAUGUGGUGUGGAAAAGUAAGAAGCUAAACGAGUACGAAGUAGCAAUGGCGAGAUGCGAAGAGGAUAUGUAUAAGGUAGAUAUGUGGAUGAGAUGUCUGAGAGAUGCGGUGGAGAUUGCAGAGAAAGCCAUGAGAGAAGAUAAGGGACUGGAAGGUGUUGGAGGGAAGUUCUACAGAACAGUCGAGCAGAUAUAUGGACGACAUGGUCUUGAAGUGACUGAAGUGGUGAGACGAAACCACAAGAAAGCUUUACCUGUGAUCUUGCCUCGGUUGGAGCAGAUGCUGAGUGAGCUCAUAGUUGCUCAAGAGAGAUGGACACCUAUCUGGAAGCAAGCCUUUGAGAAAAACACUGCUAAGCAAAAGCAAAGAGAUUCUCGCAGGAAAAAAUGA